CUUGUGGUACCAUUACCAAGGUCUAGAUUGUUGGUACGAGAGUUUGAGGUCGCUGGUUACGUUGCUGGUGCUAAUUGUUCAAGCUUGUUGGAAGGUUCUAAGGCUGUAAUUCUUGCCUGA